AUGUCCAAGUCCAAGGCUGUGGCUGCAAUGCCAGAGGAGGAGGCGGGCGAAGGAGGAUUUGGCAAUAAAGUUAAGGUAGGCAAAAUAGGGGCAAAUAGGGAGAUUUGAACUAUUAAAAAUCGCAAUUAAUGGAUAAAAUUGUGAAAUUGGCAAAAAUUCCUUAUUUUGGCCACAUCUUAUAACUUUGCGGAAACUGGUCGGAAUUAGCCCAAAUUUAGCGUGCACGCUCAAUUCAUCGUUGUCAAUGCCCGGACAGUGGAUUUAGUUAGUGAGGUACCUUCUUUUUUAUUAGGUUGAUGCAAAAGGAAUUGCGGAUUUUUUAAUUUAUUCGUAUUUUUUUAUAGGAUAGCUCAAUUCAAAAAUGGAAAAAGGUAUAUAGUAGUAAAUUUUAAGAGGAUUUUUCUGUAUAUGUUCUAUUCUUAUAAAAGUUAUCAAACGUUACCAUAAGUUACCACGAAAGUACCCUAAACAUGUUAGUAUAUUUUAAACCAAUUUUUUACAUAUUGUUUUGCGGCUUUAUCCAUUUUUGAAAAUAUUUUGAUAAAAUACGUUAUAUUCUAUCAAAAAACAAAAAAAACCCCCAUUUUUGGCAAAGCGUUAAAACGCUAUCCCAAAAAUUCAAAUUUCAGCAAAUUUUACAAAUCGUGUCAUAUCUUUUUUAAUAAGUCCAAAAUAAAAAAUUCUUUUUGCUUUCGAUUAGUAACAACAUUUUUAAGGCUUUCGUGAAAAAAAGACAUCAAAAUCUUGAAUUUUAUUUUUUUGACAAAAAAUGUCAAAAAAAUAAAUUUUUUUGAUUUUGAUGUUUUUUGUCACGAAAGCCUUAAAAAUGUUGUUACUAAUCGAAAGCAAAAAGAAUUUUUUAUUUUGGACUUAUUAAAAAAGAUAUGACACGAUUUGUAAAAUUUGCUGAAAUUUGAAUUUUUGGGAUAGCGUUUUAACGCUUUGCCAAAAAUGGGGGUUUUUUUUGUUUUUUGAUAGAAUAUAACGUAUUUUAUCAAAAUAUUUUCAAAAAUGGAUAAAGCCGCAAAACAAUAUGUAAAAAAAUUGGUUUAAAAUAUACUAACAUGUUUAGAGUACUUUCGUGGUAACUUAUGGUAACGUUUGAUAACUUUUAUAAGAAUAGCACAUAUACAGAAAAAUCCUCUUAAAAUUUACUACUAUAUACUUUUUUCCAUUUUUGAAUUGAGCUAUCCUAUAAAAAAAUACGAAUAAAUUAAAAAAUCCGCAAUUCCUUUUGCAUCAACCUAAUACGUACCACCUUACCCUUCAAAAACGGCUGCAGCCUGUGAUUUUACACUUUAUACGAUGAAACAUGUCCGGAACUAAACUUAUUGCCUCCGUAUGGAACUAAAUGAGUCGACGCAGCCUUCGCAGGUACCCUUAAAACUAUAGAGCUAUUAUAGUAAUUCAGUGCCAGCUAGGUCGAAGCGUUUUUUCCUAACUUUAGUGCCCAAGCUUGGGCGCAGUUCGCGGAGUACCUUUGUUGUGGCCAAAAUAAGGAACUUUUUCCGUGAAAUUUUUAACGCAUAGAUUUUGAAGACAAUUGAUGACAAUUGCAAUUUCAACAUUUCUAGGGAUUUUUGGGAUUUUUUAAAAUUUUGAUUUUGUGUUUUUCAGAAGUCAUUGAGAUUUUGAGUCAAAUUUUGCCAAAACAACAGCAUUUUUUUUUUUGGUGAUAAACUGGUUGUUUUUGGUCGAAAUUGACAAAAAUAAAACGAAAGUUUACUUUUCCUGAUAAGCGUCGUAUCACCGACCAUUUUAUUGGUUCAAUUUAUUGGUCAAAAUGGUAACACGUAAGCUAAAAAUUUCUUUAAUUGAUUGGAAAGUUAUCUAUCGAACAGGCGCCAAUUUCAACGCAAAUAAAAAAGGACAAUAAGGAGAAAAAUUUAUUUCGAAGUCAUUAAAGUCAAGUUUCAGUAUGUAGAAAUAAUUGCAAAGAACAAAAAAUGUAUUUGCUAAAGAAAAAUUUUGUUGUAAGGACGCUUAUUUUGACCUCAAGCUGACUUUUCGGACCCCUGAAAAGGUUUGUAAUAGACAGGUUUUGCUGUGCGAGGUUUAAUUUUAGGUGAACCUACUUGUUUAUUACCUACUUUCUACUUGAUUUUUCCACAAAAUUUUUCAUUGGUAUCAAUUUUUCACAAAGCUUUAUUGCCAUAUUUCCCUCUCCCUUAUAAAGGAAGGCUUCCAAGUGCGGCGCUCAGAUUUUCUUUAAAUUUUGCACACAUGACGGGUAUAGACUAUACAUCAAUUGCUGCAAGUUUUAGCUCGCACUUUACUGGCGCAGCCGAGAUAUUCCACAAUCUUUUCUGCCGAGAGAGUGCGCGAAAAACGGAGAGCGCAGAGAGAAAACACUUUUUGAUCAUAACUUUGCUAGUUUCUCGCGGAAAAAAUUGAUUUUUUGUGGAAACAUCACCCUUUACGGUAGAAAUACGUAUGCAACUUUUCGCGUUCGGCAAAAAAAUUUGAUUUUUUCGCCAAAUUUUGAGCUAAAAAUCUCGGUGGUUUCUGCAAAGCGCCCAUCUAGGAGUCUCGCAUAUAUUUUUUUAUAAAUUAAUCUAAAUUUGUGCCAAGUUUUAUCAAAAUCUAAGCGGCGCAUUUGGAGCACUUCCCCUGUUAGUACAGACUUCAGCUUCCAACUGUGGGCUCAAAGACGUCCCUACAUACGCAUGUUUUUUGGUCGGCAUCUGUGUACACAUUGUCCUUAAUCGACAGCUUUGCCACAGCUCCCUUGUACCUCUAACGAAAUUUCGAAUCGAAGAGAAGCAUUCGUUGCUCUAGUAACACUUGCCGGUUCUGUCGAUGACUUGGGUAAACAUUAAGGAGUAAAAAAACACAGAAUUUUUACUCCGCACUUAGAACAGCGACCGGAGCGAACUUGAAGUUGCAGGGAUUCAGGUUUCGCAAACUUUUCGGCAAUAUUUCCCCUUUCUUCGAUGUGGAUUUUAGUACGUACACUUUGCUGCUAUUUUGGCAAUAGCGGCUGUACUUUUUCUAGACGAUUUGUUUGGGCGAAUUUCGUAAAAGGGCCGGAAAUGCUCGAAAAAGCGUGCCACUUUUGGGGAGUAGAAUCGGUCUCUAUUGUUCGCACUUUAUUGAGUAGAUCCCCAAAAAGUAUAUAGUCUACUUAUACACCUAACUGUAGAGUCUACGCUCAACUUUUGAUUGUUCAUCUUUUUGGACGCCGGUUUUAUUGCCCUAAGGAGUUGUGAUAAAAAAAGAAAGAAUGACCGAGACUUGGGAGCGAAUUAAGGUAUGGUUGAAUAGAAACGCCAUUUUUAUGCAUGUUUCCGGAUAAAUUGCCUCGAUUCUUCGUUAUGGGUAGAGCUGUGGUAGAGUUGUUUCGGAAUUUGUUUUUUGUUUCUGGAGGGUUUGUUGGGUGGGCGAGAAAAAUGGGAUUUUUUAUCUGUCGGGUGGAAAUGAUGACAAGUGGGAAAUUUGAUUUUUCUGCGAAAAUAUUGCAAAUCACCAAAAAAUUUUUUUAAUAUCUAGUGGUAUAUUGAUUCACACUUAUUAAGGAAUAGUCUGAAACAAAAAAGUUGCAAAGCUUUUGCAACUAUAUCCCAAAUUUUGAAUUUUUUCCAAAAUCUGCACUAUAAUAAUAUGGGUCCUCAAAAUUUUUUGUUUGAUCAAAAAAACGAAUAUGGCAUUUAAAUUUUGAAUGUUAAAACAAUGCUAUGACGUUAUAGAUUAUUUCUAAAAGUAUAAAAAUAGUGAUUGACCGAAAUAAUUUCAAUUUUCAAUCGAAUUAAAAGCAUCCCACAGUGCGAAAAGUUGAGGUGUCAUGCAUUUUUAUUUUGAUGUUUGACCAUUUUGAUCGUUUUUAUUUUGAGCCGGAAGAAGUGAAUUUUAUUUUUAAGACUUUUAAAAAUUUUCUGAGCGAAAAAUAAACUCAAAAAUGGGAUUUUUACAUAAGGUAUGAGUUGUUUUUAACAAUUUUGGAUAUAUUUUUGUAAUUUUUUUAUUUUUAAAGAUUUUUCAAAAAUUAUUGCGUUUAAUUACGCCUGAUUUCAGAUCUAUUUGAAAGAAGGGAACACCGAGAUUAUGGGAAAUGGUGAGGAGCGGCCAUACAGCCUCUGGAGCAAGCUGGUCGCGGAGUUCAUAGGCGAUUUGAUCUUCAUCUUUAUUGGCUCCAUCUCCGUGAACCUGGCCCAAGGAGCUUUGAUUAAUAUCGCGUUAGCUCAUGGACUUGCGAUUUUUGUGUUGGUUAGCUCACUGGGACAUAUCAGGUAAGAGGGGCAAAAAUAAAAAUUUUUGGAAAAAAUUUGGAAAAAAUGAAAAAAAAAAAUAAUUUUUACGAUUUUUUGGAUGAAAAAAAUUAAAUUUUUUGAUUUUUAUAUUUUUUUUUGAUUUUUUUUGUUUUUGGAUUUAAGUUUUUUUUAGAUUUUUUUUUGAUUUUUUUUAUUUUUUUUUAAAUUUUUUCUUUAUUUUUCCCUUUUUUUAAUUAAAAGUUAUUUUUUUAAAGUCUUUUUCCCAAAAAAAAACAUUUUAUUUUCAGUGGUGGCCACUUCAAUCCGGCAGUGACACUGACCGUUGCAUUGGCCGGCAAACUGCAUGCCCUGUGGGUAAUCCCCUAUUGGUUGGCGCAAUUGUCGGGCGGAUUCGUGGGAGCGUUGCUGGUUCGAGUAUGUUUACCAAGCAAUGUACAUUUUUCAACCCUUUUGGUGUUGUGAUUGUGCUUUGUGAUUUUUAUUAGUUUUUUAUUUUCUUUAUGUUCUUAAAUUUUUUUUUCAGAAAUUUUCAGAUCGAAAUUUUUCAAAAAUUUUUUUUUGCGCUUAGAAAGAUGAAAUUAUGGUAUUCUGUUUUACACGUUUUAGAAAGCAAUUCCUCAAAAAAUCAAUUAUUUCCAUGCAAAAUUUGCAUAGAUAUGGCCAAAAUAUUGAAAAAAUUAGUAAAAUUUUCAUUAUUUUUUUUAACUUUUUUUUGUCAAUUUUUUCAAUUUUCUUUUUUAAUUUAUUCAAGCACCUCUUAGUGUUACAUAAAACUUCACUUUUCGCCGAAAAUACUCCUCUAUUUCAGGCUGUGUUCACCCUGGAUGAGUAUGACAAAGUGAUGGGCGGAGCGACCAUUCCGAACACGGCCGCGUUAUGGUACCAAAGCUUGAUUACAGAGAUCAUUUUAACAAUGAUUUUGUGUCAAACCGUCUUGAUGUGCGCGGUGGACACCAGCAAGAAUGUGCUGGCGCCGCUGGCUAUUGGAAUGACGGUUUGCUUGGACAUCCUUGGAGGGUCAGUUUAUUUUUUCUUUAUUUUUUUUGGAGGAAAAAUUUGAAAUGUACUUUUUUCAGAUUUUCUGAAAGAAUUUUGCGAUUUUUUUAUUUGCUAUUUUGGAGGAAAAAUUGAAUUUUUGUUGUUGAAAAUUGACCAAAAUUUUAUUUUUUUGCCGUUUCAUGGAGUGUAGAAUUUUUUUUUUAAUUUUAAUAUCAGUUUUGUAUUAAUAAGAUGACUUUUUCCUGCACAAUUCGCAAAAAUAACGCCGAAAAGCGCUUUUCUCUGACCGCUCUCUUCAUUUCGUGUACUCUCUCUUUGCCAAAGAUUGUUGAAUUUCUUAACAAUGAAGACAGAUAACGAGCUAAAACUUUUAGCGAUUAUUUAUAUAUCAUUGUAGAACAUUUGUUCCAAAUUUGAAGAAAAUCUAAACAUAGCAUCUCGAGUUAUGAACAUUAUAAUACACAUGACCAUAUUAACGUUUUUUUCUGAUUUUUUAUUUUCCAGCGCCUCAAUCAGCGGUGCCAGCAUGAAUCCGGCCAGAUCCCUUGGUCCGUGCGCAGCCGCGACCAUCUUCUCGACUGUGAAUCCGACCAUGAUCUUCUGGGACUAUCAUUACGUCUACUGGGCCGGCCCUUUCCUCGGCGCCACCAUCGCCGCCUUCAUAUAUCGGACGUUCUUCGCGCAAGCCGACGAUCGUCUAUUGCCAUGA